AUGGUCUUUGUUGGAGCUCCUCUUCCCGAACCUAUUCCAGUCAUCAGUGGCUACGACUUGCUAUUCACAAAUGCACGAAACUUGCCAUUGGAUCGAAAGGUCUUUAUUGACAAUGACAAUGUCGACAAUUACAUUACCUAUGGUGGUCUUGUCACACAGGUCACAAAGUUCUCGUCUGGCCUCCAACAGAUCUUUAACUUCCAACGUGGCGAUGUGGUAGCAAUUUGCUCUCCCAAUCAAAUCAACUAUCCAGUAGCGCUUCACGGAACAGUUGCAGCAGGUGGAAUUGCUUGCCCCGUAGAGCAUACGCUCACUACAGACCUUCUGGUUAAGGACUUUAUGACCGUUCGCCCAAAACUCAUAAUUGCCCACAAGCACACCUUAGGAAGAUGCUUGGAAGCAGCAGAGAUCAUUGGUUUGCCAAAAAGCCAUAUUCUCUUGUUUGGACCCCGUAAACUCAGAGGUGUCAUGCCAUACAAGCACAUCCUUUACAGCUAUGGAGUUACCAGACCUCCAGUACAGCUCACCAGGGAAGAGAUCCUUACCAAGCCCGCCUUUCUUUAUUUUACUUCAGGAACAUCUGGAGUCAAAAAGGCAGUGAUGAUGAGUCAAUUUAAUAUAAAUGCCUGUUUGAUGGCCAAAGACGCCUGGUCAAAAGUUGAGGCUAGAGCUGUUUCGCAUGUAGAGUUCCACCACGCCAGCGCACUGAUUAUCAACCUUCACUAUUGCAUUAUGCAUGGUGUCGAGACCUUUCUUUUGCACCGAUAUAACAUUCGGGAUCUCUGCAGCACGAUUCAAAAAUACAAGGUCGGACUGUGUGCCAGUCCGCCAUGGACAGUGACAUAUCUCGUCAAGGACCCGGUCUACAGAAGCUAUGACCUUUCGUCGCUCAAUGUGUUCAUCUGCACCGGCGCGUUCUUGGACAACAGUUCGGCCAGAGCGUUCUAUGACCGUUUCGGGAUCCCUGUGAUCAACAAGUAUGCGAUGACCGAAAACACAUGUUUCUUCAAGACCAUACUCGAGACAGUCCAGGCAGGAAGUCUAGGAGUAGUACAGGAUGGAAACAUUUUGAAGAUUGUUGGUGAUGAUGGCCAAGAGGUAGGACCUGGGGAAAUGGGUGAGCUUUGUGUCAAGGGACCUACUGUAGCACAGGGUUACUACCUGAAUCCAGAAAAGACAGUCGAGGCAUUUGAUAAAGAAGGCUUCUUCCACACAGGCGAUCUUAUUCGUGGAGAUGAGAAUGGGCACUUUUUCUACGUCGAUCGAGCAAAAGAUUUGAUCAAGUACCACUUGCACCACAUCUACCCUGGAGAAAUUGAGGAUAUUCUGAUGACCCACCCUUUGAUAUCCGAGAGUUCAGUAAUCGGAAUGUAUUCAAGAGAUCUGGCUACUGAGAUGGUUACGGCGUUUGUUGUGCUUGUUCCAGGAACCAAAAGAACAGCCAGUCUUGCAGAUGAGAUUUGUGAAUAUGCCAAUAGUCGGGUUAGUGACAUCAAGCGUUUGCGAGGUGGAGUCAAGUUUCUUGAGAAGUUUCCUCGAACUGCAGCUGGCAAGAUUCUACGUGGAGUUAUUCGAAUGAAUGCUAUGGAGCAAGAUGAUGAACUAAAGGCUCUUUAG